UAUAUAUAUAUAUAUAUAUAUAUAUAUAUAUAAAUAUAAUUUCUUUUUGUCAUUGUUUCUGACCAUGUCUUGUUUUAGAAACUCUCUAAUAUCCAAUACAAACUUCAUUGCAGUCCUAAAAAAAAAAAAAAAACGUGGUUACAAACGCGCAAUGAAUAGACCACAUUACAGCAUUACAACAGUGAAAUUUGUUUACAGUUAUUAUGUUUUCUGGAACCAAUGACCAUUCAGCAUGGAUAUAUAUUGAUGUCUCCACAAAAGUAUUGGAUGUCAUGCAAUGUUUGACUUGUGCUGGAUGAACUCCAAGAAGAUUCUGUGAUUUCGUUACUGUUUUUCUUUCCUUUGGAUCUUUAAAAUGCACUUGUGAAAGAGUAUAAAAUGUUGGCUGUUGGGUUUAUAUCAUUACAUUAUUUUCAGUCACUACAUCCUUACAAUAAGUACGCAUUGUUUUUAUUAUAUUUCACAUGUUACCAUAGCACAUUCUUUCAUUUAAUGUAUCAGUUCUUGCUCCAGGAUUAAAGUGACAUUCACUCCUCCUGAAGUUUCUCACGUGUCAUUUUUUGUGACUUAACAUUAAUAUGCAGUUAUUGAUGGUUCUUGUUUUGUCACCUCUGAAAAAGAGGUCCUGAAUGUUUAAAAAACAGCUCUGACUCCAUUUGGAACAAGACAACAGGCGGUAUGUGUUGGUUAAUAUGUAACGCUCAGAGCACACUUGCACUUUGUUUCCCCAAAUAAUAGAUGGAGCUUUCAGACGUAAUCGUGCCCAAGUGGAAUGGUUGUGCACCCAAACCUUCUUCGACUCAAAAUAUGGUGGUACACAAAAUGAAGAUGGGAUUUAUUUUCAUUGUAACCAUGUGCUUCCUUGCUCCUGUCCACCAAGCACACCUUCCAAGUGCCACCAUCUCAGAUCUUUCCUUCAAAAAUGUGGACUUUGCCAUGGACCUCUACAGGAAAAUAUCCACCUACCAUGACAAGAACAUCUUCUUCUCACCUCUGAGCGUCUCUACUAGCUUUGCUGCUCUCUUAAUGGCAUCUGAUGGUGUCACACAUGAGGAAUUACUCAAGGGACUCAACCUGGAGCAACUGGAGCGGGAUGACCAGCCCGAUCUUAUCCCAAAACUCUUUCAACUCCUUAAUGACAACAUCACACAGAAUGGAUCGCUGAAACUGGACCAAGGCAUGGCUCUCUUUAUGCACUGGCAAUUUGGGUUGGAGAAGACAUUUGAGGACCAAAUCAAGAAAUUUUUUGACGCUGACAUCAAAAGAAUUGACUUUGCGGACACAAAAGGGAGUAUCCGCUUCAUCAAUGAGUAUAUCAAGCGCAAGACGGAGGACAAAGUGACAGAGAUGAUUUCCUCCCUGGAUGCACUAACCCAACUCAUGUUAAUCAACACAAUUUUCUUCCAGGGAGCCUGGCAGAUGCCUUUCAACCCCAAUUUCACUGAAAAUGCACCCUUCUACAUUGACAACUAUAGUGUUGUGCAAGUGCAGAUGAUGUUUAAAGAAGAUAAGUUCUACACAAUAGACGAUAUCCCUCUUGGUGCCAGAGUGCUGAAGCUACCAUACCAGGAAGGAGUUUCCAUGCUUAUCCUUCUACCCAACAAAGGCAUAGACUACACUGCAAUUGAUGAUGAGAUCACUGCUGAGAGGUUCCUCAGCUGGAUCAGAAAGCUGCAAAAAAUCAAACUGGAAGUCAACAUGCCCAAAUUCAAGAUGGAGCAGUCGUAUUCCCUGCACAAUCUUCUACCAGAUAUGGGCAUGGCCAGUGUCUUCAGUAAUUCAGCCAAUUUGACAAAGCUGAGUAAGGAUGAAGGGCUCAAAGUGUCAGAGGUGCUGCACAAGGCUGUGAUUGAGGUGGAUGAGACAGGGACCACUGCAGCUGCUGCCACCACAAGUGGCAUUAUUGCAUAUUCCUUACCCAGGACCUUCAUUGUCAACAGACCAUUUUUCUUCUUCAUAUACCAUGAAGACACAAAUUGUCUGCUGUUCAUGGGCAGGGUGAUCAACCCCACCGAAAACUAGCAGUCAUGACUUCAUGACAUGUACUGUUGAAGUUCUGAAGUGUUUGCAUAUGACACUGUGUUUAUUCAGGCUUUUAAAAGGUUUAUUUUAAUGCAUUUUUAAGCUUAAAUCUGGCUUAGAAUGCAUGUUCUAGUCUGUUUGUAAGCCUGUGUGAUCCCUAAUAAUAAAGAAUUUACAUAUUAA